AUGGCGUCGACAGCAGCAAAUGACCGAGAUUCCCCCAAGGACGGUGACAUGCCACCCGUCAUGACAGCACGCAAAACGGGUUGGCGUAGUAUACAAAUCAGGCAACUCGAUCAGCAAUCCGACACCAAGCAAGGGAAAAAGGAACCAGCGUCUCCCAAAGCAGAGGAAAACAAGGAGCAACCGAAUCAAGAUACACAACAAGAGGAAGUGAAGAAUGAACCAUCACAUGAGGAGAAGGAGCAAGAAGAGGAUGUGGCCAAUAACAACACUACGGGAGAGAACAAUGAACUAUCUAUGGUGCUCAGUGCAUUGCGUGGAACAGUAGCUGCUGCCAAGGAUGACAACAAUGAGAAAAAGGCACAUGUGGAGAUGCUUCAAGAACCUGAAAGUCCACGACCCAGUCGAAAUGCACGUGCGGAUCAAAUCAUUGCAGCAGCCGAAGCAGCUCGUGACAAGGCCGAGCAUAAGGGGUAUCAGCAUAUGCAUCAUCAACCCGCUGAGAUCCACAUUCCCGAGCCAGAAGAGGCGGUAGAUGUGGAUAGUGAACCAACUACGCCUGUGCCAGCUCAAUUCAGUCCUCAAGAAGAAACAACCAAUGACAAGCAUCCCGAUCAUCAACCUCAUCAGCAAGUCCAUAUCGAAUUACCCGCUGAUAAGAACAUGGCCGAUUAUAUCACUCCACCCACACCAGGCACUCCACCAGCCACCAAUCCAAUGUACAGCGAGGAGUUGCAGGAUCAACCAUUAGAAGAGGAACCAUCAUCAUCAUCACCAUCAACCUCGUCUCCAACAAAUGAAGAAAACAAAAAGGGAUACCAGCCAAAUACAUUGAAUCCAAGAGAACAAGAACAAGCAGAUGAGACCAUGUUGAAAGGAAUCCAUGCCUUUUUUAGCAACAGCUUUAGUGAAGCGGAGGCAUCAUUUAAAUCGCAGGCGAACGAUGAUCCGCUAUACGCACUUGGAUUGGGUACCAUGGCUUUCAUCAAAGCACUUUCGACAUCUGAUGGUGAUAACACCGAAGAUGCAAUUGCUCAGCUGACAUCCACCUAUCAAUUUGCAACCGGCCAAAUCGAUGCUGCAUCCGCAAAGAAGGCUCUCAAAGAUACGGUGUCAUUGUAUAUCACCAACCUGAUGGGAUCCAAUACAACAGGUCUGCCAACCAAUACUGCACCUUUGCCUCAAGAAGCGCGUGACAAAAAGCCCGAAUUCAUUCUAAAUGGUGCACUACGCGCUCAUGUUGUCAGAUCGGAAUGCUGCUUAUUGAUGGCUAUGUUGCAUUUGCAUCAAGAGACUGUGGUGGGAUAUUUGAAGGCGGGUCUAAAUCUACGACGUGCAUACAGCAGCUACAGCUUGGUUUGGCAAGAGUAUAAGCGGAUGGGACAAGAGUUUAAUACAUACAUGGACAAGAACACCAUCUCGGCUAUUCAAUUUGGCAUUGGCUCGGUACACUUGCUCCUAUCUUCAUUGCCACCCAAGAUCUUAAAGAUCAUCUCAGCAUUUGGAUGGAAGGCCGAUAAGCAUCUUGGAUUUGCAUUACUCAAGCUAUGCAUGGAUGGUCAACGUAUUCGAUCACCAUUGGCGGCCAUGAUGCUUCUUUCAUAUUACGUUACGCUCAUGUCGUAUUGUCCUCAGGUGCUUACCAGGGAGAUGUUGCAACCAGCUAUUGAGAUCCUUCUUGAAGCACAAAAGACGUUCCCCAACUCGGCGUUAUUCUUGUAUUUUGCUGGUAGAAUCUCGCGACUAUCACGCAACAUCCCAUUAUCACAACAAUCAUUCCUGUACACAUACAAAGUCAGCCAAGGUGCCUCGUGGGCUGAAUCCACCAUGGGUCGACUUGCAACUCACGAGAUGGCAUUCAAUUGUGUGGUGGAUUUGGAUUGGGCUAGCGCUGCUUUACGUGCCGUGGAGCUACAAGGUCAAUAUGGAUCCCCUGCUUUCAACAAGUACUUUUAUGGUACAUGCAUGGAGAUGUUGGGCAACCGUAGUGAAGCUAUCCUUGCAUUUGCUGAGACAACCACGCUACUUGGAACCAAAAAGACUCAAAUUGAACAAUUUGUGGCCCGUCGCAUUGCCUUCUUUGAGAAGAGCGGAUAUCAAGAUAUGGAUUUCUUCCUCCCUGGUUUCGAGAUUUGUUAUCUUUGGAACUUGUUCCCAUGCAUGCAAAAGAACGAGCUUGAGGAGUGUUUGGAACAAGUGGAAACGACGCUAAAUAUUAUCUACAAGCGAGAAAAGAAGGAAUACCAAGUACGCAUGCUCGAGUUGGUACCUGACAUCCCACCACCGAAUUAUUAUGAUCAUCGAGCCAUCUUGCUCCUUAUCAAGGCCAACAUCCUAAACUGCCUGGGAUGCAGCAGUGACGCCAUUGCACACUUGAAUUGGAUUGUCGAUCACAAGGAUCGGAUCACCUACUCCAAAUGGAUCAUGCCUUACACAUACUGGGAAUCGGGUAUUGUGUCAUGGUAUCUAGGUGACCUGAAGCGAGCACGACACUUGUGGGAAACAGCAUUGACAUAUUCAAGCUAUGACUUUGAAUAUAAGCUAGCCAUUCAACUAAACCUUGCAAUCAACCAUGCCAUCGAAAUCGGUGUACCUGAGACUCCCACAAAAUCAAGGCUCAAAGGACAAACAACAUUUGGUCGUAAACGCUUACCACUUUCUAAAUCAAACUCGAUGCAUGAAGCUACUGCUGUCGUGCAGGGGUAA